UUAUUUAUUCCACGAACGAUCUUUGGUAGAUAUUAGAUGCGAGUUGACCUCUCUGAGUGAUAGCAUGGCGAAAUCUAUUAUCGGCGCUGCGCUUUUGCUUGUGGUUUUGUGCUUUGGCGGAGAAGCAGCCAUCUUAUGUUCAAAGCAACUGGAUAUCGUAGUUGCUGUAGACGUGUCUGGUAGUACAAGUAGGAGUGAUUUCAACAAACAGGUGGCAUUUCUCAGGACUGUUGUGGAUGCUUUCAGGGUUUCCGCGACCUACGGUGCUCGUUUCAUCAUAUUUGGAUUUGACCAUAACACGAACAGCCUAGUAUCAAGUUUUGCUGAUGGCAAGACAAGGCAUAAGAAUUUAGUCCAAAAGCAAAUCAACAGCUUAAUAUUAUCAGCUGGAGCUACAACAAUCGACGGGGCCAUUGUACAAGUCAAGGAGUUCCUCAACACUACAUCCCGAGAUGUAUCUCGGGUGGUCGCGUUUUUAACUGACGGUGAAAAUUAUGGUGGAUCUGAGUCUCUAAGGAUACCUGCAGAGGAGUUGAGAACGCUGUAUGAAGCCAAAGUUAUAGGCCUUGGCGUUGGUGCAACUAACACCAUCAACUUAGAAGCAUUUGAAAUACUAACUGGACGAAAGGACCGCCAUUUCAUUCUGCAAUUCAAGAAAAGUAACAGUUGUAGUGGAGAUGAUGAUAGUGACUGUGAGUGCAGUGAGGGUGAGGAUGAGGAUGAUGGUGACGAAGAUGAAGGUGAUGGCGGGUGCGGCAACAGCGAGCUGAAAAGAGCUGUUAACCUCAUUUGUGGUGAAAACUGAAGCAGCGCACUGAUUUAAUCAAAACUGUUAAAUAUAUGCAAAAAAAGAAAUCUGUAUAUUAGUUAUAGAGAGGUGCGCAGAGCGAUUGCUACUGAGACAAAGUUAGACUAUGAACGACGACGUUCUGUUGGUUUCUUUAGAUUGGACCAAAGAGAAUCUGAAACGAGUUAGUGUGUGAGGAGUGGAUAAGUUUCUAUGGAUUUACCGCUGGCGAAUAUAUUGACGGGUCGACAUGCCUCACACUUCGGAUCGAGAUCCUGAUUGGUCCAAUCAAUCGGAACACGAAAUGAACAAACCGGUCAAAAAGAUAUCAGAAAUGAUUUAAUAAUGCCAGCGUAUUUACACAUCCAGCAUUAUUUUAGUUGAAUCACCUAUGAACUGAAGCUGUAUGAUGAGCAAGGAGUCACAUUCAGUAGCACACCCCACCCCUCCCCCACCCCUGCCAUUUGAGUAGCCCCUUUUUCAUGUCGUCGCCUUUAUUCAACGGUCCACCAGCAAACAGGUUCUGCGGGGUGACCGACUUACUGUUAUAAAAUCCACUCUACUUCUGCCAGAUAUUUGUUUUCAGACAUCACACUCGUUUGUUAAAUAUGGGCCGAAUACUUUAUUGUAUAUUUUUAUUUGUUAUGCAAAAUGACCCUGCUUGAAGAAUUAGAAAAAAUUAAUAUAACUAAAAGUGUAUUGUAAAGAGAAAACGCUGGACGGAGACCAGUUGCAGUACAGAGCAGUUCUGUACCGACGCCAAUCGGUCAAAAACAUGAUUACUGCAUUUAACAUAUUGUUCCCCAUUGCUUAGCAAAUCAUCAAAGUCAAAAGCCGAAAUUCAGAAAUCUUGCGUACAUGAAGAAAAUGCAGAGGUGUUAGUUACCGAUCGUUAGUUACAGUUAGCAAUUACGACGUUAAACUUGUUAUGGUAAAUUGAAAGCUGAUGCCGUUAACAUUUGCCCCGUGUCAACAUGCCAGGCUUGUCAACGCCAAUGAAAUACACGAAUAAGAAAUUGAUGGCUCGGCAAAAGUAUAAGAUAAGUGAAGAGAAGUUGAGAAAAUUUUUAAACUGUAAAAAGUGGCAAAGGUAUGAUACGCAUGGCUGGAAAUAAUUAAGUCUUAACCGUAUCAUCCAUGCGAACAUAGUAUCUUUAGGUAGAAUUAACAUUGACUAAUAAAUAUAUUUAAUUCUCUUG